AUGAAGCUACUUGGCUUGAUUCUUUUAAUAGCAAAUGCCCUGGUGGUGGUGGUGAUGGCAAGAGUGAUAUUCCAAGACCCGGUUGGAGUGUUUCAAAAGGAGAUUUUGGGUUCAAAGUUUGCCGUUACAAUGGAUGAAUGGUUGGAGCAAGAAGCGGCUGUGAGCUGGGAUUGUAUCCGACGCAACAUUAAUCCCCCAGGCACCAUCCGUGGGUUUGUGGCUGCAUCACCCUCCACGUUUGGACCUGAUUACUUUUACACAUGGACACGCGAUGCAGGGCUAGUGAUGCGUGUGGUUGUAUCCCGAUACAAUGAUGAUAGAAACGAGGAGGUCAAGCGUUUGCUCCAUGAUUAUGUGGCCCAGGAAAUCUAUCAUCAAGUGACUCGCACCGAAUGUGAUUGCUUGGGAGAACCAAAAUUCAAUCCGGAUGGCUCUGGCUAUGAAGGGUCAUGGGGCAGACCCCAGAAUGAUGGACCCGCCAUUCGAGUCACCACACUCUUGUUGCUUGCAAAGAAAUCAAGUCCACGUUAUGUUGAAGGCACCCUGAGACCUGCCAUUUUGCGAGAUUUGGAUUACAUUGCCCGUGUAUGGGAGGAACCAUGCUUUGAUUUAUGGGAGGAAGUAUGUGGGGUACAUUUUUAUACAUUAAUGGUCAUGCGACGAGCCAUGGUGGAUGGCGCUGAAUUUGCAAGAGAGCUUGGAGACCAAAAACGAGCAUCGCAUUACGCACAGACAGCUGACGGCAUUCUUUCUCGUUUGGAUACCUUUUGGUCAUCCUCUUCCAAUUACCUAUCCGUUACACAGGAUCAUUGUGACAAUGUAUGGAAGCAUUCUGGGCUCGACACGGCAGUGAUCCUUGCUGUAAAUCAUGCAGGCAUAAAGCCUUACACUGCUGGAUCAGACAAGCUAUUGGCAACGGCCCAUCGACUUGAAUCAGCCUUUGAGAAUCUUUAUCCUAUCAACGAUCUACAUCCUGCCGGCUUGGGCACUGCCAUUGGACGUUACCCUGAAGAUAGCUAUGAUGGCUAUGAAAGUGGCUCGUAUGGUAAUCCUUGGUUCCUGACAACAGCAGCCAUGGCCGAAUUGUAUUACAGGGCUGUCCAUGAAUGGGAAAAUGACAAGAGCACCCUCAUCACCGUCAAUGACAUCAAUGGUGGUUUUUUUGCUCGUCUUUUUGAAACGAGCGAGGAUAAGGUUAAAGGACUUUCAUUCCGUUAUGGUACCAAAGCAUUCGAAACCCUUGUGGAUACCAUGACCACGCGUGCUGAUCGCUUCAUGGCCACUGUGCAAUAUCACCAACAUGACAAUGGGUCACUUUCAGAGCAAUUCAAUCGCUGGACAGGAUUUGAGCAAGGUGCACGCGAUCUUACUUGGUCAUAUGCUUCCUUUAUCAGUGCAGCCGAUGCAAGAGCUGGUCAACCAUUACCCUAA